AUUAUCCAUAUUUAAGCAUAUGGCAUCCCUAACUAGUAACCUCAUUUUGGCAUUUUUGUGUGUUUUAUUUGGUUUUGUUUGCUUUAGCAAUGCCCAAUUAUCAUCCAAUUAUUAUGGGGCUUCAUGCCCUAAUCUAAAAACAAUUGUUGGCAACGCAAUGAAAGAAGCUGUGAAUAGAGAGGCCAGACUUGGUGCCUCUGUUCUUCGUUUGUUCUUCCAUGAUUGCUUUGUUAACGGAUGUGAUGCAUCAAUAUUACUGGAUGAUACAUCAUCAUUUACAGGAGAGAAGAAUGCAAAUCCAAGCAUGAACUCUUUGAGAGGAUUUGAAGUGAUAGACACCAUUAAAACUCAAGUUGAAGCUGCUUGUCCUAAUGUAGUCUCUUGUGCAGAUAUACUCGCUCUUGCUGCUCAAAAAGGCGUUGCAUCGCUAGGAGGGCCAACAUGGACCGUGCAAUUGGGCCGAAGAGACGCAAGAACCGCAAGCCUAAGCUCCGCCAACGCCCAAAUCCCUAUGCCAACUUCCACCCUUUCAACUUUGAUCUCCAUGUUCUCCGCCAAAGGCCUUAACGCCGCCGAGAUGACCGCCCUCUCCGGCAGCCACACAAUCGGCCAAGCCCGAUGCGCCAGUUUCCGCAACCGCGUCAACAACGCCACCAACAUCAACUCAGAAUUCGCCGCCACACUCAGGGCCACGUGCCCUGCAUCUGGCGGCGACAGUAAUUUAGCCCCGUUAGAUAUCCAGACUUCGAGCCAAUUCGAUAAUAAAUAUUAUCACAACUUAGAGGCUCGGCGUGGAUUGCUUCAAUCGGAUCAGGAAUUGUUUAACGGCGGAUCUCAGGAUUCAUUAGUGAAGAGUUACAGCAGCGAUGGUGAAGCUUUUAGAAGGGAUUUUGCAUCUGCUAUUGUCAAAAUGGGGAAUCUUAGCCCACUUACUGGAACUAAUGGUGAGAUCAGAAGGAACUGCAGGGCUAUUAAUUGAUAAUAUAAACGUGUUUUUUAACUUGAUAUAAUAUAUAUGAUUUUUAAUUUUGAAUUUGUACAAAUAACACACGUUUUAUAAAAUGUGUUUAUUUAUUUGUGCUCAUUCAAAAUUAAAAUACAUAAUAGUUAAAAAAGAUAUAUUUAUGUAUUAAGUCGAAUAAAAUUGUCUUCUAGACUUGGUUUACUAGCGGCUAGUUGUAUUAGUUACUGUACUAAAUAAGAUAAUAACUUUGUAUGAAUAAUAAUAAUAAUGUCAGUUGUUGUGAUUUAGACAAUAA